CCACACGAGCAUGACGUCACAUACAAGCGACACUUUCGUUCGCAAAGUGACCAUUUGUUGUGGUUCCUCUUCUUUUUGGACUUUGCUUUGAUUUUUCGAAUUGUUGUGCAAUGUGACAAUCGUCAGAAUGGAAUUGCCCCGCCUGGGAUUUGUGGCCUUGUUAUGCAUUUGUGCACAGGGUACCUCGCCUCCCAAUUUUGUCGUGAUCUUCGCUGAUGAUUUGGGUUUUGGAGAUUUGGGGUGUUACGGGCACCCCAGCUCGUUUACACCGAAUCUGGACCGCCUUGCUGCCGGUGGACUCCGCUUUACGGACUUUUACUGCACCAGCCCCGUCUGCAGCCCGUCCAGGGCGUCACUGCUGACAGGACGGUAUCAGACCCGCUCUGGUAUUUACCCUGGGGUUCUGUAUCCUGGUUCUAUCGGCGGCCUGCCACACAAUGAAACCACCAUUGCCGAGGUGCUGAAGCCUCUGGGCUACGCCACGGCUGCUGUAGGGAAGUGGCACCUGGGAUUUGGGCAGAACGGAACUUUCCUUCCCACCAAGCAGGGCUUCGACGAGUACCUAGGCAUACCGUACUCACACGACAUGGGCCCGUGUCACAACCUGACCUGCUUCCCUCCAGACAUCAAGUGCUUCGGGCAGUGCGACGUAGGCACUGUUCUAGUCCCCCUGAUGCACAAUGAAGUCAUCAGGGAACAGCCUGUGAACUUCCUGAAUCUGGAACGAGCAUACAGCGACUUCGCCACCAGCUUCAUCACCACCUCGGCCAAGAAAAAGCAACCCUUCUUCCUCUACUAUCCGUCCCACCACACCCAUUAUCCCCAGUAUGCGGGCCAGGAGGCUGCCGGGAAUACGUCAAGAGGCCCAUUCGGAGACUCUCUGUUGGAGUUUGACAACACUGUCGGAAAGGUGCUAGCCAGCUUGGAGGAGAACGGAGUGAUUCACAAUACGCUGGUUUUCUUCACGUCAGACAAUGGGCCUUCGCUGAUACGCAUGUCCCGAGGUGGUAACGCCGGAGCUCUGAGAUGCGGCAAAGGCACCACGUAUGAGGGUGGCAUGAGGGAGCCCGCCAUCGCCUUCUGGCCUGGCACAAUUACACCAGGUGUGACACAUGAGCUGGCGAGCACUCUGGAUAUCCUGCCCACCAUCGCUAGGCUAGCAGGAACUAAAACACCACCAGUUGAGCUGGAUGGUGUCGAUAUGACUGAAGUCCUCAUCAAUCACGGAACGAGUAAGAGGGAGGCAAUGAUGUUCUACCCUACUGAUCCCAGUGAAAAUUUCGGGCUCUUCGCUCUCCGACUUGGGAAGUACAAGGCGCACUUCUACACACGAGGUUCCACCCUAAGCAGCACGACCCCUGACAAAGAGUGUUCAGUGUUCGCCACCCUUACCGCUCACGACCCGCCGCUGCUCUUUGAUUUGGAGGCCGACCCCUCAGAGCACUACCCGCUGGGGCCAAGCGGUGAGACUGACAUACCGGCGCUGCUGGAGAGAAUUAAGAAAGUCAAAAAGCAGUUUGAAGCCUCCAUGGUGUUCGGAGAGAGUCAGAUUGGGAAAGGAAGCGACCCGCAACUGGAGCCUUGCUGCAGUCCACAGUGCAGCCCGAAACCUCAUUGUUGUCAAUGCUGACAAAAAUACUGCAAAUAAUCACAGAGGAGUACAAUUCUCUCUUCUUUUUUUUUUUGUGGUGCUUCUGUUGACACUAAAAUUGCACAGUUUAUAUAUCGGCAGCAUAAUAGCUCUCGUGAUUCCGUGAAGUUUGGCAUAAGUGACAUAACACUAGUGGUAUAUGAAGGCUCCCUCUAGUGGUGUGAUAAAGAAUCAAUGGGUUAUGUCUAAACAUGCAUAUUAGUGACUGAAAUCUUUGUUUUAAUCAGUACAGUGUCAUUAAGUACACUUUAUCUGUAUUUAACCUUUAACUAAAAUACAGUUGUAUUCAAUCUUUUACGAUUUUUUUGUUUUUUAAAAAAAUUUACAAUUUGGUAUGUAACUUCACAAUAAAUCAUUGUUUUUCCUAUCCCAAUGAUGAUGUAAAAAAUUUGAGAAUCAAUGGUCUGUGUUAUUGUUUAUCAUUCUGCCAAAACAGUAAUAAAACAAUACCAAUAUGCUUCUUAAAAA